GCCUGCAUGGCCCCAAAAAAUGUUGCACUGCUGUGCUUGGGCAGUUGCCGCCGUGGCUUUGACUUCGCUUGCGAACAGGACCUUUGCUUUGCCAAGCAGUGGCAGCGGCGAGACUACGAAGCUGCGCAGCCGCACGCCUCAGGCCUACAGACGGGCAGUUGCCAAUACGAGCAUCGCAUGAAAAAUUGCGGUAACGUCAUGAAACCGGUGAACAAAAACUUGCGGUCUUCCAUGAUCAGGGCCGCCGAAGCAGAGGCUGAAACUGAAGCACCACCUCCGAAGCCAAAGAAGGUGCGGAUCACCGCAUUUGAUGCCAUUCGCUUCUUUCUGAUUGCCUACAUUGUGUGCGGCCAUUUCAUUUCCUUUGCAGCGCCCAGCCAAUUCGCAUUCAAGGCCAUCUCGCAGAUCAACGUGGUGGUUGGGGCCUUCUUCGCAUUGAGUGGUUAUGUUGCAGCAUACACGACAACCGAAAAUGCUGAACGGGCUGCAAGUCCCAAGUUGUUGGGCACUUCGAGACUGCCAAGCAAUUUGCCGCUGUCGUCAAACGACGACGGACAUGGGUGUCCUUUCCUGUGCCGGUUGCGGCGUCGUGUCCCAGCAAGCCGCCGCGGACCGAUAGGCUGCUUCGGCAUGGGCUGCUCACAAGCUUUGGCAUGCCACUGCGACGACAAUGAUAUCGAUGACGGGAAGGAUUCCUUUGCAAAAGCUUUUGCAAAAAGAAGCAAGACGAUGGCUUCCUUCCGAGUUUCAUCCUUCGAAGACUUGUCCACGUUGUCAGACGGCGGUAGCGAUGAAGCCAUGGAGCUUGUUCGCCAUUUCUACCAAGAGGCAGUCAUCAACGGCACUCGCCGGACGAAUACGACAGCCCAUGGUGCAUACGAGUAUGACAUGAAGCUGGAGCAUUUGCAGGAGAUCGUUGGCAGACUUGGAUUCAAUGACUUGCAGGAAGGUGAGCUGAAGCGGUUGUACGAAUCCAUCCCGAAGAGUCCGGAAGGUUCUGUCACCAUGCAGGAAUUUGCUGCUGCUGUGGCAUAUGGUCCAGCAAGUCACAUAUUGCAAUCGCUGGUGAAGAAGCUCCGGCUGGGCUGCGACUCUGGUUUCGUACCUCCUGUCGACUACGACUUCAUGUCGUCGACCAGCGAGAAUUACGGGACGAAUCACUUGACCUUCUAUGGGCCUUUUGCCAAAUUCCGUGAGCUCUGUGAUUACUCCUACCAUGUCAACUACACCAGGAGGCGCCAAGCCUGGCAGGAUGAGGCCAUCAAGGGUGUGAUUUCGAGAGCUGUGGCACAGCCAGCACCCUGGUUGGUCUAUACAUGUGGCCCUAUGGGUGUUGGCAAGGGCUAUACCCUGUCGUGGAUGUCUCAGAAUGGCUUUUUUCCUUUGGAGAACAUUGUCCACAUCGAUCCUGACGCCUUCAAAAUGAUGAUGCCUGAGUGGCCUGACUACGUGGCCCGUGAUCGGGACAAGGCCGGCACCCUUUGUCACCUCGAGUCCUCCUUCAUGGUCGAGGUUUCGCAAGCUGCAGCAAUGGAGAAGCAGCAGAACAUUUGGGUGGACGGUUCAUUGAGAGAUGCUGACUUUUACCAGAAGGCUUUUCGACGAAUCCGUGAGACACACCCCAACUAUAGAAUCUCAAUCUUCUACAUCACAGCUUCCGAACAAACAAUUCGCCAGCGUAUACGACAUCGAGCUGAACAGACUGGAAGAGACGUGCCCGAACAUUUGAUCAAGGCAUCCCUGCAAGCUAUGGACAAAUCGCUGAAUACGUUGACCCCACUUUGUGACUUUGUGGCUCGAAUCAGCAAUGAAGGCAAUGAGCCUACGUUGGUUGCCUUCGAAACUGUUGACACAAAAGGAAAUUGGAGUGUUAUCAGUGAUCGAUUUGCUCGGACAUAUCACGACCCCGGCGAGUUUCCGCAGUCGUGUCCCACAUUGAGGCUGCUUCCUUUGCAUGCGAACUUGACGGCAACAAUCCAAAGUCUCCAACAUGUCGACACGCACAACGAGCUCUCUCUGUGGUUGGACCUUGCGGCGACUUCCAAGUGUGAUGCCGGUAAGUUGUCGGAGAUUUUCGGCUCGACUCUGGUGUUACAGACCUCGCCCAGGUACGAGGUCAAUGGGAGAUACGAAAGUAUUCAUCUGGUCCCGAAAGAGGCUACGAGUGCUUUCUGGAUAUAUCCGUGCCAAGGUUCUCAAAUGAGCUACUCACGACGCUUGCAAAGUUGCGAUGGCCUUUGGGAUCGAAACCUUCAACUUCUGGGUCAGCUUCUGCUCUAUGGAGGCUUUGCAUACUGCAACGGCGAUGAAGUCUGUCUGUUGCAUGUGGCUACGAGCGCAAGCAGUGACAUCUUGAUGCAGUUUGGCAAGCCAUUUUCAGUCAAAGUUGGAGCCCUUCCCAAGGAACGGCUGCAGCAGGUUACGAGCCCAUACUUUGAGCAACAAGGCGCCAAGCAGUACUGCUGGCUUGGCCCGGGCGAAGACAUUGCAGGAGCAACUUUAAAUCAUGGAGCUUUUGCAUAUGUGAUGGACGAAGGUAGCGUAUUUGUGUUUCCUGUUGUCUAG